CCGACUGACCCUGGUACUAGAUGUCGAGAACGAUCUGACAAUGACUGAAAGGAAGAAUCUAUCAAACGUAACUAUGUAUAUAUAGCCCUCCUCUACCCCCUAAACUCUUGUCUUUCUUGUCUAUCAUUCACUCUUCAUGCACCUUCCCCAUUGUUCUCGUUCCCCCUUGAACAUGUUACCAUCACAACUGAGCUUGGCGGCCCCUACAGCCAUGUCAUCCUUUCAAGCCGACAGUGACAAUAUCCCCCCCAGCCUGUACACAUCUCACAUCCGAUUCAAUUGGCUUGAAUUACCAAGCUCCGGAGUCGCCUCGCCAUCUGUCAAGUCGAUUCAUCAUGGCGACAUUCCCCGUGAGGCUCAGGCAUUAUGGAUCAAGAAGGAGGAUCGUUGGCCCCUUGGGCAUGCCAUUACGGUGGCAUUCCUUGAGCGACCGAACCAUCUUCACGCCGAUCGAGUGAUUCAGACAGUCGCCCAAUGUGCUGAGCAGUGGGUCCAAGACGCGAACAUCAGUUUUCAAUUUCUCAGGACCACAGCAAAUAGCCACGCCAUAGGAAAUGCUGACCUCCAAAUCACUUUUCAGCGUGGUAUUAGUUGGUCUGUUAUUGGAACACAGGCGCUAGGGUGCCGGGGAAGAACUAUGAAUCUUGCAGUAGAGCCAUGGCAUGUGCCCGAUCAGAUCCGUCGCAUAGCAUUCCAUGAGCUUGGGCACGCCCUCGGAUUCCGUCACGAGCACGCCUCCCCGGCAUCCAACCUCAAGUUUGACAAGAGAAAAUGGAUGAUCCAUACCGGGAAAACAGAGGAAGAUUUCGAGACGAACUUUGAAAAGCAAAUUGAUGAUCGGCCUCGCCUAGUCUCAAAAUUCGACCGACAAUCUAUCAUGAUCUACGAGAUCCUUCCAGAGUAUGAAUGGAAUGUGGAUGGAGUUAACAUCCCUUCGACCAAUUGUCUGUCCGUUAUAGACCAGGCAGUUAUCAAAAUUGUAUAUCCCUUCCAACCAGCCAGCCGUCAACUUGUAAAUGACAGAUGGUACUGUCAGAACGGGAGCUGCAGGCCGGGAAGGGCUCAGUGUAAUCUUUGCAAGUAUAUUUCGGAGCUCUCUCCUUUGGGAGAAUAGGAAUGGUCGGAAAUUGGUUGGAUAAAAGAUCCUGGUCAGAACUAACCAUCGUGGAAGCACAUGUGAUGUCGCCAAUGGUUUCGUUCACGGAGUUGGGUCUCAUAAUAAGUUUCUCUGUUUACAGACGGGAUUUCUGGCUGUACGACGCUCCUUUCUAGAUGGUAGAUAUAUUAGAGAAAGUUUAGAUGCAGUUAGAUGGCUACUGAUUAGUUUUUUUAUUUGCCCCGACCCAAAAAUGUCUUUACUACGAUCUGGAUAACGCGAG